AUGUCUACAGAGAUCGCUCAUCUGCGACGGAGAUUAGUCGAGUUCCUGAUUCAGUGUACUACUCAACUCGAACUUCCUCCGAUCGUUAAAUACUCAGCACUAUCUCUCUUCUUCGAUCGGUUUCGUCCGUCUGUUGUCAGGUUCUUGCAGAAGAAGAAGAAAGCAGAACAUUGGCUAUUGCAGCCGUUGACUGAAAGCAAUUUGCAGCUAUUUGUGUUGAUCUCUAUAUGGAUCUCGUGCAAAAUGCACUGUUCCAGAGGUUUAUCGGUUCAGUGUCUGAAAUCUUUGGGUGAUAAGAUGAUCACAGAGCAGCUCUUCACGGUUCGGGAUUUCAUGGAAGCACAGGUUACGAAAUUUGAGAUUGGCACUUUAAAUAUAGCUUAUACAGUGCUUGAUGACCUUCUUAUCCAGUUCAAAGAAGUUGCAAAGGCUGGAGAACUUUUGAACUUUGAGGCAUGUAUGGAUAUGAUGGAUCUUUUGUACGAGAAGGAGGAGACAUCAGUUCUUUAUCAUUCUUCCACAUCUCUGGCUGCUUCCAUUUUGGUCUCUUCUUACAUAAUAACCGUGCCUAAACAGCAGUGGGAGUUCCCUAUUCUCCCAUGGGUUAAAAUGGUGACAAAUAAGGAAGAAAGGGAGGUGGUGGAGCUUGUUGGAUACAUACUUUCCCAUGUCCUUUACUCUCACCCUUCGUAA